UUCUACGAGUUGGAAGGCGGGGUGUAAGUCUGUCAGGUUGGUGUGCGGGGAAGGGUCUGUGUAGUCAGUGCUAACACUUGGUUUUGGUGUGAAUGUGCUGCUGACAUAAGAUAGAGAUUCCCGGCCACGUAAGUACUAUUAAUACACCGCGGGAGAGGAUGUCUUGCUGAAACAAGGGAUCGGCCCGGGGAAAAACGGCCAUCCCUUCUUACCAGCUGCACAUAAUUCAGUUGUCCAAUAUAUAUAUAUAUAUUUUGGAUAAAAACGAAUCUGCACUAAAAAUACAUUCUACUUCCAACCCGGAGAAGGACUCAUAAUCUUGCAUCAUUUAUUCUGCAUGGAUGUACAUCAGUGAGGCCUAAACUGCCGGAGCAGAGGAAAUCGGAAACCUCUCAUUUAUCCUUGUUUGCACUUUCUUUGGCGUUGCGGUAUCUUAGAUUCUGUGUGUUUUAGGCAUUAGUGCAUGUUGCAGCUGUUUUUUUUUUUCCUUGCAACGAAUAACGUUCUGCAACAUUGAAAGCACGCCUGAAUGACCUUUUUAAUAUUCGUUUAAUUUUCUUUAGUUUUUGCAUUUAGGAUAAGGAUCCAGACGCCACCUAUAGUUGGGAAGUUGGUGCUUUUUUACUGUAAGGUAUUACCUGACUUUUUUUUCUGAUCAGUUCCUAGUUAUGGUUUGCAAUCCCCAGUUCCACGUAACCAGUUAAAAGGACAGAACCCUGUUGCCAAGUAACUCUUAGAAUUUAGAACAUUAUUUUAAGAUCAACAAUUCCAAAAAAAAAAAGAUGAUAAUAAUGUUGACCUUGUUUCUUUACAUAUUUGUGUUUUGAAUAUUUUGAUUUUUAAAAUAUUACAACGUCUUGUAUCUUGACUUUUAAACAUUUGCUGAAGAUUUGCGUUUUGACAGUGCUUGCCUUCAAAACACUGAGCAGCAGUAUAUGAAUCGAAAACAGUUUGUGUAAUAAUAUUGAGCAAGGCGAUACCAGCUGGAGUCAUCGGACUGUGUGAGUGUUAUUAGUACUGUUUGUUAGACCAGUUUUGUAGGGAAGGAAUUUGGUAUCGUAUACUCAUGAACAUACAGAGAUCAACCCCCAUUAACAUAACACGUUAUGGGAGACCAAGGCAUAAAAAUCACGACUUUGAGGAGUUAUCGUGUUUAAGGACUACCGAAUCGAUUCAGAGUUUCAGUCCGAAUUUAGGUUCUCCGAGUCCCCCAGAAACUCCAAACUCGUCGCACUGCAUUUCAUGCAUUGGGAAAUACUUACUCUUGGAGACACUUGAGGGAGACCACGUUUUCAGGGCUGCACACUUGCACAGUGGAGAAGAGUUCGUCUGCAAGGUAUUUGAUAUUGCCCGAUAUCAAGAAUCCUUAGCAGCCUAUUUCUGUUUAUCGGCACAUGAAAAUAUAAACCAGAUUGCAGAGAUCCUCCUUGGUGAAGCGAGGGCUUACGUGUUCUUUGAGAAGAGCCAUGGGGAUAUGCAUUCAUUUGUUCGUACCUGCAAAAAGCUCAGAGAGGAUGAAGCUGCCAGACUCUUCCAUCAGAUAGCGUCAGCUGUUGCUCACUGCCAUGACAGUGGAGUCGUACUGAGAGACCUCAAGUUAAGGAAAUUUGUUUUUAAAAACCAGGACAGGGGUUUUGUUAAAUUAGAAAGUCUGGGGGAUGCAUACAUUUUGGAGGGAGAAGAUGACUCUCUGUCAGACAAACAUGGCUGUCCGGCCUACGUGAGUCCUGAGAUCCUGAACACAAGUGGCAGCUACUCUGGAAAGGCAGCAGAUGUGUGGAGCCUGGGUGUGAUGCUCUAUACUAUGUUAGUUGGACGCUACCCCUUCCAUGAUGUGGAGCCUAGUUCUCUGUUCAGCAAGAUCCGCCGAGGGCAGUUUAGCAUUCCCGAGACUCUCACCCCCAAGGCGAAAUGCCUUAUCCGCAGCAUCCUCCGCCGAGAGCCUGCCGAACGGCUCACGUCUCGGGAAAUCUUGGACCACCCCUGGUUUGCUACAGAUAUGCAUGCCUCCAGUUCAGGAUGUGGUGCAAAUAAGGAGGCUUCAGAUCAGCUGGUACCUGAUGUUAAUAUGGAAGAAGAGUUGGACAAGUUUUUCAGCUGAGCAGCACAUACACAAGUGAGCAAGUCUGGAGAACACAACAGCUGAAGACUUUUAUAACAUGAAGGAGUCCUUUUCCGACCCCAUUUAUUCACACCCAGGAUCAACCUAGCUUGCCAGCAAAUGCAGUAUCCUUAGUAAGCUUUGAGGAGCAGCAGGACGUAUGAAAUGCAGAUGAAAUGUAGCAGUUUCUUUGGCAAGUGGUGCUAUCAAGUUAGAUUGAUACUAGUGGGGAAGCUACAAACACAAUGAAAAUAGAAAGGCAGUAUGGAGCAUAGCUUCUCAUCUCAUGAAGCCAAGGAAAAAAAAAAAAAAAAAAAAACUGUUGGCUGUACAUGCAGCAUAAUACUCCAUUUUUGUUUCUAAAAAUAGCUGGCAAGACACAAAUAAAUAUAUAUAUAAUUGACUCGACACACAUUUGGCAUUGUACUGUUUUUUAUAUAUAUAUAUAUAUAUAUAUAUAAUUUGUUUUUGGUUUCUUCCUGUCAUUCAGGUAACAAGCAAUUUCUAACUUUUUUUUUUCUUAUUCAAGUACAUAGGUACACAUGGACAGACAAAAUGUGGGUGCUAACAUAAACAACUACUAUAACAUCAAUUCAGUUCAUUUCUCUAUAUAGCUAUUUUCAGCAACUUGUGUAAUUCAACCUCAUUUCUUCAACGUCAGUUACUUGGUAUUCUUGUAUUCUUUUUUUUUCUUUUCUUUUAUGAUUUGCUCCCAUAAGGGAAAAGUAACUUAUUUACUGAACUGUUUGUGUCAACUGCCAUUGUCGCAGUAAGCUAAUCUAAUUUCAAACCAGUUGUGUAACUGCUAUUUUAAAAGAUGUAUUAUUUUUAUUAAGUUCAUUAAAUAUACAGGGUUCAGAAAUACUUGCUUCCAGAUCUGAUAUAAUGCACUUGAUUUUUGUAGGGGGAGGGUAUAUGAAAAGAGAACCAUUGGGCUGUGAUUUGAUAGACCAGUCAAUUCAGUUAGCAGUAUUCUAAUUUGUUCGUACCAAGACACAUGUAAAAUUGAAUUUAACACUUUUUAUAAAUAUAUAUUUUAAAAAUAAAGGUAGUAAAUAACAUAAGGUUUAUUUAAUUGUUUUUAAAAACUUUGACUGGUCUGAGAACUAAGUCAUGUAUGACAUGGAGUUUAGUUAGGGGGUUGCAUAGACUCAGGGCUUGCAUUAGGAUAAACUACAGUAUCUGUAGCUUAGAUGAACAGAGUUGCUUUUGCCAGUAUAGGAUUUAUUACCCACUUUGCUAGCAUCAUAAUUAAGUAUUUAACUAUUACCUUUUGUUAUGUAUCUGAACACGAGUGAAAGUGGUAAACUUUCAGAUCUAUGAUUUAAUGCAGGCCCCGUAGACUUCAGUUAAAAAGGACAUUUUCAUCAAGUGCAGUAUCCCUACCUCUUUGUGAAAAGACAAUUUGGGUGAUUUUUGUCUGUUUCACCAGCAGGGUCAACAACUCUGUUUAGUUUCUUUUACAAUGAAUGUGUUGGACUUUAAAAUCUUACAUGCUAAAGCAACAGGAAACAAAACCAAGAAAAGUUUGAUGUCAUUUGUGGGGCACUAGAAGUGCUCACAAAGACUGCAGCAACACCUUUGAACCAUUUAAAACGGGUUACUGUAGACCGUUAAAAUGAUCCACUACUCUUCUGUCCAAGACCCACCUGUGACAUGCACCACUGCCUUUACUACAUUCAAGUAAUCGCACUGCAAGUGCACUCUAGGAUAAAAAGCCAGUAUUUUAAAUAUUGGGGUCUCUUUUAUGACGAUGUGUUACACACUGUAUUAAACACUUCUGCUUUCUGGUAUUUCCAACCCUGAAUAUUUUUUUUUUGUUUUUUUGUUUUUACUUUUAGUUUCAUGUUGGACUUUUUUUAAUUAUUAUUAAUAUAGGCUUACUAUAUAAAAAAUAAUUCUGGGCAUAACUACUACUAUGUUUCCAGUACCUCAUUUUUACUUUUUAUUACUGCCUGUACAAGUUCUGUGAAUUGGUCAUGUUAUGGGUAGGUACUUGUGGACUCUUGUAGUAUAUAAAUGUUACUUGAAUUUGUGCUUUUAUUAUAGUAUGUGGCAUGUGCGUACAGCUAUUUGGCAUUUGCCCUAUGGAUGCUAUUACCUGCCCAGCAGGAAAGCUUAACAAAAAAAAAACAAAAAAAACAAACAAAAAAAACAACAGAUUUCGUUCUCGUGGAUUUAAUAAAAACAGAAACGGAUAGCUACAAUUGACCUGCUUUUUUGUUUUAGUAUAUCAUUUUUAUUUUAUUUUUUCACACAAUUAAGAAUUCUGGUGCGAGUUACUCUCUGAAGAAGGUACUGAGUAGGUGCUAAUGUUGAUGAGGACAAUUCUUUUUGUUCAUUUUUUUUUUUUUCGAAGGGGAAUGUUUAAGAGAAAGUGAUAUGCAUGGUGGGGUAUUACUGCCUCUGGUGUUUUGAUUGUAAUGUAUUUGGUUUGAUGUUUUGUCCAAAAUCUCUUCAGUAAAUAAAUUGUGAACUGCAUAUUUAAAGAAA